UCAGAGUGUGUUUUUAAACAUUUCGUAGUAACUUAUUUAAAAUGACUUUCAUAACUUUAGUUGCGUUUUUAGUUAUCUUUGGAAUGUAUAGCUUUCAUGUCUUGGAGGCUAAAGAACCUUUAUGUUCUAAAUUUGCAUAUGAAGAACAGCUUUUAGAAAAAAUGAUAAGAACUGAAAUUAAGGUAGAAACAAUGGUGAAUGAAAUUAAGAAAACUGAGGAUAAUGUCAUCAGCACAUUAGGUGACAUUAAACAAACUGUUACGGACAUGUUUGCAGACAUGAUGGGGAACAUAACAGACGAAAUGUUAAGGAGAAGUGACGAGAUAAAAAGGAGAGAAGAAUCGUUCACGAAAUUAUUUGAGGAGACAAGAACAAACCUCACAAGUGACAUGAAAGCUAAAAGAGAAGAGGAACUUAUUCAACUUCAAGGAAAACUUGAACGACCUCCGAUAGCUUUCCAUGCACAUCACGUGGCAGAUUUGGUUCUUGAUACUAGUGAUGAGAUUAUAAUAUUUACGAAAAGUCUGUUUAACGAGGGAACAGGUUACGACACGUCAACGGGAUUUUUCACGGCACCCGUUGGAGGACUUUACCAGUUUGUUGUUCAUACAUGUGCUUAUGCUAAUAAAUAUGCUUUUAUUGGUCUGGUGUUAGAAGGUGAAGCUAUUGCAUUAGAUUCAAACUAUGAUGGGAAUUAUUACACCUGUAGUACUGUUGGAGCAAUAGUGAGAGUAAGAUCAGGUGAAAAGGUUUGGGUCAAAUCAACAUCGUCAGCUUCUAACCGCCAGCUACAACAAGACUCACUAAGGAUGAACACAUUUAGUGGAGUACUUAUCAAUAAAUGAAGGAAUAAAUCAUUCAACUUUUGUAUAUGACAUUAUAUAUCUAUUUUGUUACAAAUAUUCAUACAUUGAUGAUCGUCUGUGACGAAUAUUUUGAUUACAAGUCUUCAAAAAGAUAUUAUUUUGCUAUGUUUAUCAGUAAACAUAAACAACUAUAUUGUCACGUAUUUUCAAAUAAAUAU